AUGCAUGCUGUGGUGUUCGGUAACGUGACAGCCAUCAUCCAGAGGAUGUACUCUCGGCGCUCCCUCUACCACACCCGUACCAAGGACCUGAAGGACUUUAUCCGGGUCCACGGGCUGCCCAAGGCCCUGGAGCAACGCAUGAUGGAGUGCUUCCAGACCACGUGGUCCGUCAACAACGGCAUCGACGUCAGCGAGCUGUUGAAAGACUUCCCAGAUGAGUUGAGGGCAGACAUUGCCAUGCACCUGAACAAGGAGCUCCUGCAGCUGUCUCUGUUUGAGUCGGCCAGUAGGGGGUGUCUGCGUUCCCUGUCCCUCAUCAUCAAGACAUCGUUCUGCGCCCCGGGAGAGUAUCUCAUCCGCCAGGGAGACGCCCUGCAGGCCAUCUACUUUGUCUGCUCUGGGUCCAUGGAGGUGCUGAAGGACAACACUGUGCUGGCUAUACUGGGUCGUGGAGACCUGAUCGGCUCUGACUUCCUGACCAAGGAGCAGGUGAUCAAGACCAAUGCCAAUGUGAAGGCCCUGACCUACUGUGACCUGCAGUACAUCAGUCUGAACGGGAGGAGGUUGCUCUGGCUCUACCCAGAGUACGCCCAGAAGUUCAUCACUGAGAUACAACAUGAUCUGACUUACAAUCUGAGAGAGGGGCAUACGGCUGAGCACAAAGCCGCCUGA